AUGAGCGGUGAUUUUGUAUGGGCAAUUAAAAACGGAGAUCUCGAGCAGGUCAAAGAUAUCAUUGAGAAAAAGGCCGUUAAUGUGAAUGAAGAAGUCCAGGGACGUCCUCUAAUUUUGUAUGCUGCAGAUUAUGGCCAAGCAGAUGUUAUUGAAUAUUUGAUAUCUGUAGGAGCAGAUGUGAAUUCAAAGGACAAAUUUGGUAUAUCAGCUAUAUUAGCAGCAAUAUGGGAGGGACAUAGAGAUUGUGUGAAGUUGCUACUGGAUAAAGGUGCCAAAAAGGAUGGGGUUGCUCCUGAUGGGAAGACAUACUUGGAGUCCACAGAAAACAACGAAAUUCGGCAGUUACUUUUAGCCUAA